AUGUGGUCUACACCUACAUUGCUCCUUGCUGCGGCAGCGCUGCUCUCAUCAUUAACUCGAGUCGAAGCCAUCUGCCUCACAGAUGCCAACGCCGAUUUAGUUGCCAACAACUUCGCAACGCUGUUUAGCAACUAUUCUGAAGCGUUUGCGAACAAGACGUUGGCUGUUGACUAUACCGAUCAGACGGAUAGUGUAUCUUGGUUGAUCAGCAAUGGCACUGCUUGUUCCAAGCCGCUCGGCGCCUUAUCGUUCUCCUCGCGUGCUGGAUUAGAGGCUGCGCAGGCCAUGCAACCGAAUCUGCCUUUCGUGGUGGAGAACAUCUUUCAUGACUGUACCAAUGUCUUCAUCCGUUGGGAGUUCGACGUUAAGCCUCAGCAAGUUCAAGGGAUUGCAAUCUUGCAGACUGUGCCAAAUACCCAGUGUGAGGAGGAAGCCGAGUCGCAGCCGUACUUGAUCAAGAACGUUUUCAGCGAGUUUAAUACUGCCGCCUUCAUCACAAAACCUUGGAUACUAUCGUGGCACCUCUCGUUGUGGUGCGGGUCACAAAUGGAGACGUACUUGGUAUCAUUAACAUGA